CCCGCACGGCGGUUUCCUUCUGAGCUGGGUCUUGUAGUUCUCCCCGGCGGCGUCCAUUGGGACGGUGGUGACCGACUCGGCCGGGAGGCCUCGUGUCCCGGUGACUGGCAAAGCGGAAACGCUCCGGGCCUCUGGGCUGUCUCGUGCGUCGGCUCGUGCUUUGCGGCCGGUCACAAACAUGUCGGACAAAAGUGAAUUAAAGGCUGAACUGGAACGAAAGAAGCAGCGGUUGGCGCAAAUCAGAGAGGAGAAAAAGAGAAAAGAAGAAGAAAGGAAAAAGAAAGAAACUGAUCAGAAGAAGGAAGCUGCUGCUCCUGUGCAAGAAGAAUCGGAUCUUGAAAAAAAAAGGAGGGAGGCUGAAGCCCUGCUUCAGAGCAUGGGGCUGACUCCAGAAGCCCCCAUCGGUAAGGUCCCUCCUCCCAUGUCUCCGUCCUCCAAAUCUGUGAGCACGCCGAGCGAAGCUGGAAGCCAGGACUCUGGAGAUGGCGCUGUGGGAUCCAGGACGCUGCAUUGGGAUACAGAUCCAUCAGUUCUUCAGCUUCACUCAGAUUCCGAUUUGGGACGGGGACCUAUUAAGCUUGGAAUGGCCAAAAUUACUCAAGUUGACUUUCCUCCUCGAGAAAUUGUGACUUACACCAAGGAAACUCAGACUCCAGUGAUGGCUCAACCAAAAGAAGAUGAAGAGGAAGAAGAUGAUGUUGUGGCUCCUAAACCACCAGUUGAACCUGAAGAAGAGAAAACCUUAAAAAAAGAGGAAGAAAAUGAGAGUAAAGUUCCCCCUCAUGAAUUGACUGAAGAAGAAAAGCAACAAAUCUUGCAUUCUGAGGAAUUUCUAAGUUUCUUUGACCAUUCUGCAAGAAUUGUAGAAAGAGCUCUUUCUGAGCAGAUUAACAUCUUCUUUGACUACAGUGGUAGAGAUUUGGAAGACAAAGAAGGAGAGAUUCAAGCAGGUGCUAAGCUAUCACUAAAUCGGCAGUUUUUUGAUGAACGUUGGUCAAAGCAUCGGGUGGUCAGUUGUUUGGAUUGGUCUUCUCAGUAUCCAGAGUUACUCGUGGCUUCCUAUAAUAACAACGAAGACGCUCCCCAUGAGCCCGAUGGUGUGGCCUUGGUAUGGAACAUGAAAUACAAAAAAACUACCCCAGAGUAUGUGUUUCAUUGCCAGUCAGCUGUGAUGUCUGCUACAUUUGCAAAAUUUCAUCCAAAUCUUGUUGUUGGUGGUACAUAUUCAGGCCAAAUUGUGCUUUGGGAUAACCGUAGCAAUAAAAGGACUCCUGUGCAAAGAACUCCGCUGUCAGCUGCUGCACACACACACCCUGUCUAUUGUGUAAACGUUGUUGGAACACAGAAUGCUCACAAUUUGAUUAGUAUCUCUACUGAUGGAAAAAUUUGUUCGUGGAGUCUGGACAUGCUUUCUCAUCCACAGGAUAGUAUGGAGUUGGUUCAUAAACAGUCCAAAGCAGUAGCUGUGACAUCUAUGUCCUUCCCUGUCGGAGACGUCAACAACUUUGUUGUUGGGAGUGAAGAAGGUUCUGUGUACACAGCAUGCCGCCAUGGCAGCAAGGCUGGCAUCAGUGAAAUGUUCGAGGGCCACCAAGGGCCGAUCACUGGCAUCCAUUGCCAUGCAGCAGUUGGAGCACUGGACUUCUCACAUCUCUUUGUCACCUCAUCAUUUGACUGGACAGUAAAACUGUGGACAACUAAGAAUAACAAGCCUCUAUACUCAUUUGAAGAUAAUUCAGACUAUGUUUAUGAUGUUAUGUGGUCACCCACCCAUCCAGCGCUGUUUGCCUGUGUGGAUGGCAUGGGGAGAUUGGAUUUGUGGAAUCUCAAUAACGAUACAGAGGUACCAACGGCCAGCAUUUCUGUGGAAGGUAAUCCUGCUCUUAAUCGCGUGAGAUGGACCCAUUCUGGAAGAGAGAUUGCCGUGGGCGAUUCUGAAGGACAGAUUGUUGUAUAUGACGUGGGAGAGCAGAUUGCUGUUCCUCGCAAUGAUGAAUGGGCGCGGUUCGGCCGGACACUCGCAGAAAUCAAUGCAAAUCGAGCUGAUGCAGAAGAGGAAGCAGCUACCCGAAUACCUGCUUAGUUCCUUAAAAAGGAGAGUGUAACUUUGGUGGAUUUGGGGAAGACUCUCUAUUUGCAUGCUCCUGUCUAAAUGAUUACUAAGAGCGAAUUUCGUGGAUUAAACCAUGGAUGUAAUGUAGCGAGCAACUCUUCACAAUGUCGUCUUGUUUUGGAUAUGUGUUGUUUUUAACACAGCUGCUUAACUUUACACAAUGCAAGUUUUUUCUGAAUUUGACACAGGUGUAUAUCUGGUAUUAUUCUUUUUUCAUUCUUUUUUCCCAUAUUAACACUAUGUGCAAUUAUUUCUAAAGCACAGAUUAAAUAAGUUCUACAUAUUUUUUAAAUAAUCACAAUUCUCUAUUAUAAUAUUGAGGUUCUCAUUAGCCAUAAUACAUAGGAACAUUGUUUAUGCUUAGCCAUAGCAUGAACACAGCUAUCCAAGUUCCAUUAUGACCUCUUUCCCCCUUUAUUAAAAGUCAUAAGGUAGUUAUCUAUAAAUAAAAAUAAAUGUGUUUUCAAAAUUUCAUUUUAUUCUUUGUAAUUUGAAAUUUUCUAUCUCUUUUAUACAGGUUUUUUUUGCUGUUGUUUAAGCUCCUAUGUGAGCAGCCACUUGAAAUCCUGUAAACCUUUGUACUUUAAAAUAUAUCAUACAUGUGUAGUAUAGAUCUCCUAAUACAUUAUUAACUGAUACUUAGAUAAUCUGAAAAAAAUUUCCUUUGGGUUAAUGUUUGCUUUGCCAUCUUAUUUUCUUUCCAUUUAAUAUAUGCUUCCUUAAAAGAAUAAAUAGAAAACUGCCAGUUA